CAUAAAAAUACCUGAGCAAACCCCAAAAAAAAAAAAAAAAAAAAAAAAAACAACUACCCAAAAUAGACAGCAUGAAAGCAAUCGAAACCCAUAAACCUUACAUAGCGAUGCUACUUGUGCAGUUAAUAUAUGCAGGGAUGGCCCUCCUCUCCAAAGCAGCCAUCUCUUCAGGGAUGAGCUCUUUCGUCUUCGUCACUUACCGCCAAGCUUUCGCCACUCUCGCAUUAGCUCCAUUUGCUCUCUUCAUCCAGAGCGAAAAGGAUGUCCCCUUGUCAAAAAAGGUUCUUCUCAAGAUCUUUUUCAUCUCCUCUUUCGGGCUGAGUUUGAGCUUGAACCUCUACGGUAUCGCAAUCACCUACACGACCGCGACAUUUGCUGCAGCUGCCACCAAUGCAAUUCCUGCCAUAACCUUCACCCUGGCUGUUCUAUUGAGGACGGAGAGGGUGUCGAUUAGGAAAGUUCACGGGGUCGCGAAGGUGGUUGGUUCUCUGCUUGGUGUUUCAGGGGCACUGGUGUUUGCUCUUGUGAAGGGCCCUGCUCUCGUGAACAAUCUGCAAUCUUCGUCUGCGAAUCGAGAUGGUGGCGAUGGGAUCAAGGAAUGUUGUUCCAAGGGAGAAUGGGUUAAGGGAUCUUUGAUCAUGAUCCUAGCUAACGUGCUAUGGUCACUCUGGAUCAUUUUUCAGGGUCGAAUAGUGAAGCAGUACCCGGCGAAAAUCCGCCUGACGACUUUGCAAUGUUUGUUCAGCUGCUUGCAAUCAGCCGUUGCAGCAAUUGUGGUGGAAAAGGGGGACGAUUCUGCUUGGAAGCUUGGAUGGAAUAUACAGCUUUACUCUGUCGCGUAUUGUGGAGUAAUUGUGACGGGGCUGACAUUUUGGCUACAGAUAUGGGCAAUAGUGAGGAAAGGCCGGUUUUCACAGCCAUGUUCACUCCUCUGGCACUCCUCGUUACAGCCAUUUUCUCUGCCUGCGUCUGGCACGAAGUCCUUUACUUGGGCAGUGCUGGUGGGGCUGUUUUGCUAGUGGCUGGUCUCUAUCUUGUGCUGUGGGGAAAGAACAAGGAAGAAAGGCAGCAAACCAAGUUGAUGAUCAUCAGUGAAUCCAAUAAGGAGGAAACCAGCACAACAACAACAACAACAACCGCAAUAGAGGGCAUUACACAUCAAGAUGAAAUGGGAGUCUUAGAAAAUGGAGCUUCCCGACAUGACCAUCAUAUAGCUCUUUCCCUUCCCUUAUCUCUCAUUCCUGCUCCACUUCCACCAACAAUCACUUCAUCCUUGUAAAAAUUGCGACAUCAAUAAGUCUAAUCGAUAUCAGAACGUAAGAAGAUGGUUGAGUUCUUGAGUUUGAGUUCUUGUUCUUGUGUCUGCUUGAGCUUAACCUGCUAAUAUCAACAAAAGAAUCGUUGAUACAACAGCAGGACAAGACUUUUUUUUCCACCGUAAGGAAUUCCACUCCAUUUGUAGUGGAGUUAGCACCAGUAGUAUCGUUCCUCUUUCUGUGUGAUAUCCAAAAUAUCCAGCAGCUUACCACUAAACUUCGUCUUUGCUAAUAAAGAUUUGAUUUUAUAGAUCACCAAACGGACCAAUAGUAAUAUCACUAGCUCAAUGCAACUUGAGCCAUACAUGAAAACAGUGAAAUUCUUCCUAGGAAUAACAGCUACCAGAUUAAUAAAAUAAAAAUUCGUUUGGUAUAAAUUCUUCGUAACUAAUUGAGUGUCAAAUCGGUUGAUCGGAAUGUCAUUUAAAAAUAAUAUAUUUAAAAUGCGUACUUUAAAAUUUUCAAAUGAUUUGAAAUGUUUAAUUUCAUAUAACAUUAAGGUGACAUUGAACUAUAUUUUAAUUAUUUGAAAUUCUGAUAACCUUUCAUCAAUAACCAAACAUUGUAUUCUUAAUGGUUAUAAUUAGGGGUGGGCAAGUGGGUGGUUAAUCCGCGGAUUGAUAUCGAUCUACCCGCAAAUAACCCGACCCGCAAGCAGUGUGUGAUUAAUGAGGGUGGGUUGCGGAUUGGUAAAUCUGUCACCCGCACUUAUGUGGGUGGAUUACGGGUCACCUAAAUGACUCGCAUCCUAUUUUCACAUGAAAAGAUGUUGUUUCUUAUAGUAUCGACUAUUCACCAUAUUUUCGAAUAGCACUACAGUCUGAACAUAUACUUCUAAAGGUGGAGAAUAAUUAAAGAAUAGUUUUGACUAUUAUUAUUGGUUAUGGUGUUGUGUAGAGGUGGCAAAUGGAUUGAUGGAUUGGAUGAGUGGAUCCAUGGAUCAAAUGGAUUGGUGAAUUCAUGGAUUGGAUCAAGUGGAUUGGUGGAUUAUCCAUGAAUCCAAAUGACAUCCUCAACCAAGGACCAAUAUGUAAAAUGUGAAAAGUUUAGGUACUAAAAUGUCAUAAUGAAAAUUUUUAGGUACCAAAACGUAAUUUUCCAAUGAUAUUUUUUGUAUAAAAAUUAAAUUUUGGGUACCAAAAUGUAAACUAUAAAAAGUGUAGGUACCAAACCGUAAUUUGCCAUUUGGAUUAAAUGGAUUAGAUUUAA